AUGGCGCCGAGCGACGCGCGCGCGAGCGCGUCCGAUCGCGCGCGCGCCGAGGACGCGACGCGCGACGCGACGGGCGCCGCGUGCGAAUCGUGUCCCGAAGGCGCGCGGCGCGCGGCGAGUUGGUACUGCGCGCAGGACGAGGCGUACCUGUGCGAUGCGUGCGAUGCGCGCGUGCACGCGGCGAACGCGAUCGCGAGUAAGCACGAGCGCACGGCGCUCGGGACGAACGGGCGAGGGGUCGGCGCGCACGGCGCGGAGGAUGCGGAUUCGAGACGGAUGAGCGAUGCGUACGGCGACGGCGAUGACGUUGAGGUGACGACGGAUGAUGUGAUCGGGAUAUGCGAUGAGUAUUUGAGUAAUCCCAUGAUGCCGUCGUCGUCGUUUCCGGUGGAAACGUUGGACGGAGCGUUUUGGGACGAGAAUUUGGGCGAGCUUGACGCUGAUGGGAUCGAUCCGGAGAGCUUCUUGAGGGACCCGCUCGAUGAUGAAGAUGCGGCGAAGGAUGGGGUGGUGAAUCGAGAAAUCGACGGGGAGCGAUCGGGAAGCAAGUAUAGCGACUCGGUGGGGAUGUCGAAGAGCGAAAUCGAGGCGUUACGUCGGGUCGGCGAGUAUGCCUCGUCGAGCGGCUUUUUAGGUCCAAUUUUGGACGAUUCUGCGGUGCGGUUUUUAGAAUUGAAUCCAUCGUACGGCGCGUUCGGCUCGCCAUCGCCUGAGUCUAGCGAUAUGGGUUUUGAAUCUCUCGCGGGGAAGCUGAGCGCGGUGGCUGUCAAACGCGAACCCGAGAGCGAUUUGGACAAUCAGACGGUCGCAUCGAGCGGCGCAGGGGAUGCGAAUGGACAUUCUGCGAUGGCUGACGCGUUACGCUCGAUUCCAGAAGGCCCACCUUCGGGAUCGGAUACGUACGCCGGGUUACCGCAGCCGCAGACGCGUCUCGAGCGAUUGAAACGAUGGAAGGAAAAGAGGAAGAAUCGAAACUUCAACAAGGUGAUUCGGUAUCAAUCGCGCAAAGCAUGCGCUGACAACCGCCCGCGAGUCAAGGGCAAGUUCGUCAAGGUUAGCUCUGUGCCGGAUUUAUCAAAGAUUCGAGAAGCCGCGGGCCAGUCGGACGACGACGACGCACGCGAAGCCGAAGAAGAACGCGAUAAAAUCGCUGAGCUUGGCCUUGACAAGGGCUUGCGCGCGCCGCCAUCUAUGCGAAAAAUGAAGAAGGGUCUGGUAUCAUCGGCAUCGAUGCCAGACUUCUCCAUGUACAACACUAUGGAUGAUUAA